UGAUCGAUCCCGAUCUUACAGGUUCCUUCUAGCCUCGAAGCCAAACGGCAAUAAAGCUCCUUGCAAAAUCCUAAUAUCUUCAAUAUUUCAAAUCGUCAUCAGUAGCAUUCUACAAUGGCUGCCUGUAUCUUUUGCAGAAUCAUUAAGGGAGAAAUCCCCUCAUUCAAGCUCUUUGAGAGUGACAAGACCUUGGCCUUUCUGGAUAUCGGACCUCUAAGCAAGGGUCAUGCCCUUGUGAUUCCCAAGUUCCACGGCGCGAAGUUGACGGACAUUCCUGAUGACCAUUUGGCUGAAAUCCUGCCUGUGGCCAAGAAACUCGUCACGGCUACUGGAGCCACCGACUACAAUAUCCUGCAAAAUAACGGCAGAAUCGCGCACCAGGUCGUCGACCAUAUCCCCAAACCGAAUGAGAAAGAGGGACUUGGCAUCGGCUGGCCAACACAGGAAGCCAACAUGGAAGAAUUAAAGAAGUACUUUGAAGAGGUCAAGUCAAAGAUGUGAGUGUAGUCAGGCACUCUCGGUCAUAUUUGCCAUCGACUUAUUUGGACGAUUCAAUUGGUAAGCGACAUAUACAUAGUCGAGGCGGAGAAUCACAAGACCUGGCCUGCGUAUUAUGUAUCUAUUGGUCCUUUUAGAUUGAAUCGUAGCCAU